AUGAGAGUAACUUUGUCCCAAAAUCCUAAAGAAACUACAAACUGCCCAGUCUACUAUCAUCAAACCCAGUACAUACAUCAAAAUCCAAAAACAAUUAACCAAAGCUCUGAUUAUUGUACCCUACCAAUUCUCACUAAUUGGAGUUUCCUCAUAAGGAAUCACAUCUCUCAAGGAUCCCUUAGAGAAGCUCUUGUUGUGUACAAUGAUAUUAGGCGUAUAGGACUUGACUAUGUGGGUGUAGUCCCUUUAAUUCUCAAGGCUUGUGCUUCUCUUUCUUUCCUUGGUUUUGGGAAAGCUUUGCACGCCGAGACGAUAAAGACCGGGGUGGAUUGCAAUGUAAUUGUUGGGACCUCAUUGCUUGGUAUGUAUGCUAAAUGUGGUGAUAUCAUUGAUUUACGUAAAGUGUUUGAUUAUUUGCCUAAGAGAAAUGUUGUAACAUGGAAUGCCAUGAUUGGUGAAUACUUGAGGAAUAAAGAAACGAAUUCUGCAUCAAUUUUGUUCGAAAAGAUGUCAAUAAGAAAUGCAGUGACUUGGAAUGAAAUGAUUGAUGGUGUUCCUCAUGAGUUGAGGAAUGUGGUUACCUGGACUGUGAUGGUUGAUGGGUAUACCAGCAAUGGGGAGAUGGAGGCUGCAAGGGAAGUUUUUGAGGAGAUGCCACACCGGAAUUUCUUUGCAUGGUCUUCGAUGAUUUCUGGGUACUGCAAGAAGGGUGAUGUAAAUGAGGCCAAGGCUAUUUUUGAUCGAAUUCCUGUCCGAAAUUUAGUGAAUUGGAAUUCGUUGAUUUUUGGGUAG